GUCAAGCAGAAGGACACGGUCUACCACCAGACGUUGCGAGGUGAAAUUCGUUCGGCUCUCAGUACUGAGCAUUAUGAUGGCUGGGGUUCUAAGGUGUUGAAGAUUCUGAAAAUGUUAGGGACGGAUUUGACGGCCUUGGGGGGUGAAUUGGACUUGAAUGCGCGUGUGGAACGUAUUGCUGGCACGGAGCUAAAUGUGUCUGCUCUCACUAAAAAGUUUGCUGAUAGAAUGGAUGCGGAUUGGGAGGAUAGGAGUUUGGAAGAUGACCCGCGGCUUUUCAACCCAGUAGACCCCGUACCAGGGGUUGGAGUUAAGAUGUGCAGGUACAAAAAUUGGAUGGGUGACCCGGUUGACAGGGGGUACAUUACUCAGCGGCAGCAUGUGAACCUGAUGCGUUUUCGGCUGUGUGUGUGG